AUGACCGAGCGGCUGCAGAUGACAGCAACAUCCCAACAACUCCGCAGUAACUUCGGGAUGAUUUUAAAUUUGUAUUCCAAAGCAAGUGAUGUAACUGUAGCUAAUUCUUCCAAGUUGAUAUUCACAAUAGUCAUAGAGAUUGUGGGUCUUCACAAAAUAAUCAAAGAGUUUCUACAAAUAAUUAGUACAAUUGCAAAAUCUGUUUAUUCAGAACUUGGAAAGUGGAGUGCACUUGACAAGAUUCAAGCAAUGUCCUUUGACAAAACUGUCGGGAAUACUGGCCGCAUUAAAGAGCAGGCUGUUUUUUCAUUAUUCGAUGAUUCAUUAAGUAAUUGUGUAAAAAAGAGGGUGGCAACAAAAUUAAUAUCUCAAGCAAAUGAGGAUGAAGAACUUGAUGACUACUGUGAUAUGAAACCACUAAUAAAAAUAAAUGAAGUAUCAGAAAUAUUGGACAAAAAUGUGGACCAUUUUAUUUCAUCACAAUCAAAAUUAUGGAGUAAUAACGAAGAAUAUUUAAAGAGUAAAAAGAUUGUGGACGGAUUAAAAGUUACAAAUGAUACAGCAGAGAGGGGUGUUAAAUUAAUAACAGAUUACAAAUCAUGUAUUACAAAAGAGGAAGAUCAAAAACAAUAUCUUUUGCAAGUAAUUGCUGAAUGUCGGACAAAAUUUCCUUGUUGCUCAAAAGCCUCCUUAUCCGAGUCUCUACUUUUAGAACAAUGA